UCAGUUGGUUUUUAAUUGUCGUGGUGUUUAGUCCUCUAUUGGACGUCUUUGCUUCCAUUUACAAAAAAAAAAACUUCAACGAUCAUCAUAUCAUGAAGAUGUACCUUUUGACCUUGCUCAUGGCCACCUUAUCUGUUCUGGCGUCCUCUAGUCCCGACCACGGAUAUGGGCAUGGUCACGGGCACGGACAUGGAGGUCAUUACAAAUUCGGCUACAAGGUGCACGACAGCUAUCAUGGAACUAGUUUUGGUCACCACGAGCAUCGGGAUGGCCACAACACCAAGGGCGAAUAUCAUGUGAAGUUGCCCGAUGGUCGCCUUCAGUCGGUUCAUUAUCACGUUGAUGGAUACAAGGGUUAUGUGGCCCAUGUCAAGUAUUCCGGUAAAGCUCAUCAUCCCAAAGGCCAUGGAGGUCAUCACGGAGGUCAUCAUGGCCAUGGCGGAGGCCACUCUAAAGUCUAUGGACAUCAACACCCUCACCAUUAAUGAGAUGAAAAGUUAAGAGAACACAUACCUCUGAGAAGCUUGAUUUGGUUGAUCCAGAUCGCCAGGAUGCCGUUCCCAGAGGUUAAUUGAUA